GCUGAGCCGAGCCGAGCCGUGCAGCGGAUUCCCGGGCCGGAGAGGCCAGAGCCGCGCGCAAUGGCGCACCAGCAGCAGGCCCCCUCGGGCGGCCCAGGUCGGGUUACACUGGCCCGGCAGCAUGCAAACGCCGCCCGGAGGUGGCCGCGAGGUCAGCCUGCAAGCGCGCGGCACCGGGGGCGCCGGAGCGGGGGGCGCCCGCGUCCGCCCCUCGCCUCCCGGCUGCCGCAGAGAGACUUCGCCCGGCGCUGGCGGCUCCCUUCGGCUGGGCAGCUCCCCAGCCCCGGUCCCAUCCUUCUCCCCCACCCCAAGAGCGACAGCGGCGGCCAGCCCCUGGGGCUUCCCCGCCCCCUGUGCUGGCGGCGGCGUGCAUGAACCUCCGGCCCCGGCCGCCGCUGCCUGGGCUCGCCCGAUCCGCUCCAGCCUCGGAGAUCUCCAAGGACGCGCCCCGGGUGGGACUGCCGCUUCCGGACGCUUUUCGGGAGAUUUCCUUGCAACAAAUGGACCCAGAUCUGUCCGUCCUUCUGAGAUGCAACACAGGCGAAGCCGGCUGCCCUUCCCAACACAAAUCUCAAGAAAUAACAGCUGAACAGGCAAACACUAACUCACAAGAUCUAUUCGGCCAGCAAGGGCGAGUUUCUCCAUCUGCGAAAUGGGAAUAAUCGGGACUUAAUUUUACGGCCAUUUCCAAACGAUGAGCUAAGCCAGGUCUCAACAGAGAUCGGCUCUGGAGCCUGCUUUUGGUAGCAGAUCACUUGCGCCCUGUAUCCCUGCAUUGCCUUCCUAUAACUUGAGUGAGUCAAGUGCCAUCCAAUCACAGCAAUCUUACGGUGACACCCCAGCAAGAGGCUUUCAAGGCAAGCGAGAAGCAGACAUGAAUUUUGAUUGUGUGUUCCUGAAUUGCAGGGGGUUGGACUUGGUGGCUCUUCCAACUCUAUGAUUCUAUGAAUGGCCACUGCCCAAUUCUUUAGAGUUUUCCUUGGUGGUCUCAAUUCCAAGGGCUGACCCUCCUUAGCAGACGAGAUCACCAUGCCACCCUCCCCCGUCCUCAUAACUCAACACAAUAACGGUUCAUUGUUUGGUUUUACAGAGGGAAGGGAUGUUUCACUUGCAACCUGUGGGGUCCCUUUCCCUCCCCCUUUCCUUGAGGGUGAGCUUCACAACCAUGUGGACAGUUGGUCUCCCCAUCCUAGUAUGACCCACUAACCAUUAAACAACCCUAGCUCUUAGGCUUGUUUGUGGUGUUUUGCACAGCUCAGCCAUCACUUGACAUUUGGAUCUCUGAGUGAUAAACUCACCUGCAUGACUCUGCGCCAUCAAAUGAGGUUCUUUUGCUGUGCCAUGGGUUUGUUUCUCCAAGAAGGAAGAGUAUGAUAAUAUAUAUAUAUAUACACUCAGUAAAUACAUUGCUGCCCUUGGCUUAGUGUGAAAUUGUAGUUGUAAUCUUUCAUGCUCUUUUAUCCACUUUGUUUUAGGGAACGAGGGGUACCUUGAUUAUUUGGUGGGGGGCUCUAAUGUCACAUUAUUUAUCCUAUUUAACAGCUCAACCUUGCCACAGAAAACUGCAUGGUUCAUCUUCGGUUCUUGUCUGGAGAUUCAUUGCUAUCCCAACACAGCAAUAAAGAACGUGAACUCAACUUUGGUGUAACAGUUAAUGUG